GGAAACAAAAAAAAAGAAAAAAGAAAAAAUGAAAAAGCUGGGAAGAGCAUAAAACUCCCUUUAUUUUUUUUUGUACACUGGAUAUUUGUAAUAGAAAAAAUCAUCCCUAUGUAAAACUGUCGCCUUUAAAAACUUUAAAGAGGACGCGAUUUUUUUAGAACACUUUUUCCCCUUUAAAAAUAUAUAGCUAGCUACAUUUUUUUUGCCUUUUUGUUUCUUUAAGAAUGGCUACUACGGCCCUGUACGCGUGUACGAAGUGUAACCAGCGGUACCCCUUUGAAGAGCUUUCGCAAGGACAACAGCUGUGCAAGGAGUGCCGGAUAGCACAUCCAAUUGUGAAAUGCACUUACUGCAGGUCGGAGUUUCAGCAGGAGAGCAAAACAAACACAAUUUGUAAAAAGUGUGCGCAGAACGUGAAACAGUUCGGGACGCCCAAACCUUGUCAGUACUGUAACAUAAUUGCAGCCUUCAUUGGAACCAAGUGUCAACGUUGCACAAACUCAGAAAAGAAGUAUGGCCCUCCACAGACAUGUGAACAGUGCAAGCAGCAGUGUGCCUUUGAUCGCAAAGAGGAAGGCAGGAGAAAGGUGGAUGGAAAGCUGCUGUGCUGGCUAUGCACCCUGUCAUACCGACGUGUACUGCAGAAAACCAAGGAGCAAAGGAAAGGGCUGAGCUCCUCACACUCCAACUCGUCCUCCCUGACGGAGAAGGACCAGCACCAUUCCAGACACCAUCAUCAUCACCACCACCAUCACCAUCGGCACAGCAGCUCCCACAAACUGAGCAGCCUCAGCCCAGAGCAGGACCAGGGACUUUGGAAACAGAGCCAUAAAUCAUCUUCAAUCCAGAAUGAAACUCCAAAGAAGAAACCAAAACUAGAAACAAAGCCAUCUAAUGGAGACAGUAGUUCCAUUAACCAGUCCCUGGACUCUGGAGGAACAGAUAAUUUUAUUCUCAUCAGCCAGCUGAAGGAGGAAGUGAUGUCCCUGAAAAGACUACUACAACAAAGAGAUCAAACAAUAUUGGAAAAGGAUAAAAAGCUUACUGAACUUAAAGCUGAUUUUCAGUAUCAGGAGUCUAAUAUGAGAGCAAAGAUGAACAACAUGGAAAAAGCACAUAAAGAAGCCAUGGAACAGCAGCAGGCAAAGAAUCGAGAAUUGCUUAAACAAGUUGCUGCUCUCUCAAAAGGUAAAAAAUUUGAGAAGACUGGGAGCACACUGCUGUCUCCUUGAAUAUGAAAAUACAAAGACCUCACAUAAAAGAGUGUAAAGUUGUCCCCUCUAACACUGUGAAGACCUGAAAUUGAACUGAUUUUUUUCUUCCUCCUUCAGGAUCACAGUAAAGAUCUGACUAUUACACCUGCACACAUAGGACAGUUUUAGGCAAUGUAAAAAUCCUUUUAUUUUCUGGACAGAAAAACACUAUGGCAAUAAAACCAGCUUUUAAGAACAAAACUACUUGAAUUGUGACUGUGACAGUUUUCAUGUUCAGUUGCCUCCAUUUUGGUGAACCAGUAUGAAGUGUUUUUUUGUUCAUUCUAAGAGAUUUGUACAAUCUGCUCUUAUAAAAAAGAUUAUCCAAAUAUCUACAAUUACAGAGGUUCAGUUUCUUACAUAAAAUCUGACUUAGUGAGGUUGAUUAAAAAAUGCAUUUUUCUGAGCAAGCAAGCUAUCUUGAUUAUGACUUGUAAGUACAGACUUCAGACGUGUUGACGGUUGUGAUAUUAGAAAUGUUUAACAUUCAGAAUCUUAUCACUCCAAUAAUGCAAGCAAACAAAAUUUAGGCUGUCAGUUUUUCAUGAGGCACUGGGUAAUGUAUAAAGUAUGUUGCAGGACUAUUGCAAAUUAUGGACAUUUUCCUGCAACAUUUUUAAGUUAUUCCAAUUUUGCAUCUUAAAAUAGCAGAAACUUUCAUUUUUUAAAUGUGGGUGUAAAUGCAUAAAUAUUAUUUUUUAAUAAAUCUAAUUAUUUGAAACUUUCUCCUCGGGACAGUGCACAUUUGAACAUGUAUACAGUAUAGAGCUAACAUCUCACCUUAUUUGUGACUAUGAACUGUGUGUAAAUGUAUAAUUUGCUUCUACUUCACUGAUGAAGCAAUGAAGCCAGGGACAUGCUUCAGAAUUCCAGCCCUAUGUAGUAGAAAACCUUCAUGUAUUCUUAUUGGUGGGCAUCAAAGUGAUGUCUGUCAAAGGAGAGAGUGGAGGAUGUUGUAUAUCAUUCAGGCCGGGUGUCUGUUAACAGUUUUUUUUUUAAUUAAAAGUUUGGAACUCUUUUAAGAUGGGCUUUUUAUUUUUUUUAAUUUUUUGUAACCGAUUUUAUAACUUGAAAAAUUCCACCCGUCCCUCACAGCACAGUGGAUGUUUGGCGUGACAUUUUACAUUCUUGUGGGAAAAAAAAUCAUAUAUUGCAUGACACAGCUGUGAGGGGUUAGGUGCUCUCAUGUACUGUAUCGUACUUUUAGAAAGAUUUCAAAUCAAAUGUAAAAUUACUUUGGACAGUCAAGGCCUUUGUGUAUUUUAAACUUGUCACUUGUACGGUUUCUAGUAAGUAUAUGUAAGGCUAUUAAUAUAUCUAGAAUAUGCUUUUAAAGACACAUGUAUUUCACUUUUUACAGCUCUGGACUUAAAGGAAAACUGUACUUGCACAUGAUGUACGGUUUCACUUUUGUACUUUUUCAAACCCAAUGUUUCAAAAUAUUAAAUCUUGAAAAAUCACUUAAA